UGUAUUUCUCACUGCUCACUCUUCUCUCUCACUAGCUGUCCAAUCAAGACAGAUGAAAACAAACAAUACAAAAGCCGCGCAAACCGGCAUGUUUUUUUGCGACGAAACACCGCACCGAUAGCACAGCACGCUGAAACAAUGGCAGUUAAUCAAUUUAUGCAUCCAAGAAAUCGAUAUCGUCAAAAGGCCAACUUUCAGCAGCUGAUUAAACUAUUUCCUGAACUAAAUGAGGUGGCCAGUGUGGAUUUAACAGGGAAAGUAAAGCUAGACUAUCGCAACAAACAAGCAGUGCAUUUGCUAUCGAAGUGUUUGCUUCUGCAAGAUUUCGGCUUAACGCUGGAACUUCCGCCGAAUAAAUUGGUUCCAACACUUCCCCUUCGUUUAAACUACAUCCACUGGUUGGAAGAUAUUGGUACCGUAGCGCACUGGGAGGAAAAGGAGAACGUUCGGGGCAUUGAUAUCGGUUGUGGUGCUUCCUGUAUUUAUCCUCUGCUUGCAGUGGUGCAAUCCCAGCAACGCUGGCACAUGGUUGCCAUCGAAAAGGCGGAAGACAGUUUGGAAAGCGCAAAGGCUAACGUCACCCGGAACGAGCUGCAACGUUGCAUUAACGUGCAAGCACAAAAUCGGGACGGAAAUACGAUUCUACUGGACGUGCUGAAGAACUUUCCCGACGAAUGUUUCGAUUUCUGCAUGUGCAAUCCACCGUUCUUCGAUAGCAAUUCGAACGAACUAAAGCCGCACGAUCGUACCGGAAAAAGACGGGAACCUUCGAACGCUAGUACCGGUUCGCUGGAAGAAUUGGCUACGGAAGGUGGAGAGGUAACGUUUAUUAGUCAGAUUAUAGAUGAAAGCAUCCAGUUGAAGGAACGAAUCUCGGUGUACACAACGAUGAUAGGUCAUAAAAGUAGCUACGAGAAGAUAUUGCACACACUGAAACGGGCAUCCAUACACAACAUCACUGUGAGCAGGUUUUGUCAAGGCAAUACGACAAGAUGGGCCGUAGCAUGGAGUUUCGAUGCUAAGCUGCUGCUUUCGCUCGUGCCGAACAGUUUUACGACAGGCGAAAAUAAUGUAUCUCCUGGGAAAAACAAAGCCAUCGGAAAGCCCGUGGCCUGCCGAAUCUUUACUGCUAGCGAUAUGGACUCAAUUCAAGCGGUUAAAACAUGUGUCCUCGCUAAACUACAAGCGAUUGCGAUCGACGUGCGUACAGUGUUCGAAACGAACAAAGCGGAAGGAAUUACUUUAAAACUUACGGCUCAGGAGAACACGUGGUCACAUCAGCGGAGAAAAAGACGUGCCGCACAAAUCAGCCCACAAGGAAAGAAUGGAAUGGAAGCAACUAAUGGAAACGGCCUGGAGCAUAGCAAUAACGAAAAGAGACCAAGACUUAACAUUGAGCAGCAAGAACAUAGCUCUCAACAAAAAACUCACACAGACGAUCCGUAUUUGCGGGCGGCGUUGAACAUCCAUCGUAAGGAGGACGGUUUUUAUGUAGCCCUGCAAUACGUGGCAGGAAUUGCUGGCAAGGAUGCAGUUAAUCAGAUUCUACAGUACCUAAAAAAUACGAUCAAAGCUACACCGGCCGAAGUUACCACAGAUGUUGGUAAACAGGGUACCGAGUGCCCAUUAGCCAUAUAGUUACGUUUGAGGUAUGAACCGUUAAUAUAUAAAAUGUUAUAUUCUUCAAUGAAAUAAAACCGUAUCAAGAAUUGAAAAAGAAUAAAAAAACACAUGUUGUUACAUUUACAAUAAUUGAUUCUUACACAUUUAUUUUCCCGGUCGUUUGAC